ACAGCCCAUUUAGCCCUUUCGAUUGCCGUUAGGGUUUCCGAGAAUUCGCCCGGCGGACUCGGUCGCCGGCGGACCCGGCAGCUCCUCUCCGUAUUAGAAGCGGAGCUCUCCUCCUCUCUCUACCCAAUCUGCAACCUCACCUUCCCCGUCUCCGCUCUUCUCCUUGUCCAGCUCGAUUCCGUCGCGGUUCACCUCGUCUCCAACUCCGACAGGCGCCAGCGCGUUCCUCUGCUCGUUCCGCCGCCGGGACAUCUCGGGCGGCUGCCCGACCUCGCCUCAGUGGUGGAUCCGCCCCUGUCCGGAUGCUCCUCAGUGGUCGAUCCUCCCCUGCCCGGAUGCUCCUCAGGGUGUGUAGGAAGAUGGGAUUCGAGAAGGAGGACGCCUACUUCUGGAAGCAGAUGGGCAAGGCCAUGCUAUGCACCUACACGCUCUUCGGCGUCGCCUGGCUCUGGAACGAGACAUCGCCGCUCGGAUGGUGGACGCUCAAGCCACGGCCCAAGAGGGUGCGCCGCCUCCUGCACUUAGCCUAUAGCGCUGUGUUUAUCCAGAGGGUGCACCGUCGCUUGCACUUCGCCUCCACUGCCGUCUUCUACGGAGGUCAACUUCGUUGCGCUAUCUUUACACCAAGAUACUAUGCAAGAAUUGUUUUUAUUCCCUCACAAAUCAGUUACCAUCUUGAUUCUCCUCACAAUGUUGCUACGGAUGGCCAACUUUAGAUGAUAUGUUCCUCUCAUCCCUCUUGAGAUUACAUGAUCAUGUUGUGAAUUUCAUGUAUGCAAAUCUUACUUAUGUUAUGUUAUAUUCUUUUAUUUCUUCGGAUUGCUAUAUUCUGUAUUGAUUUUACGUGUGUGAAACACGUGCAGUUGCUAGUGAAUUUAAGGAGACUUAAGCAACAAUACUGAUUCUAGCAAAACUAUUCAUGCCAAGCCCGCACAGAUACAAUUUUAAGUCAGAUUUGGGUCUCAUUGCAUUGCAUGGGUAAUAUAGUGUUAUGUGCAGGAAGUACUGCUCACACGAGUGAACAGUAACCGCAGGGUGCUAUAGCGCGUGCAGAACUGUAGCGCGCGGUCAUCUUUAUCUUCUAGUUUGUUAUUUGGAAAGAUCAGAUAGCAUUUAGAGAUUAGUUAGUAGUUUAAAUCAGAUAAUAGUUAGCGAUAAGUUAGAGUUUGACUUGAAUGAGGUCUUUGUAGGCCUAUAUAAGGCACACGGCUGCCACUCUUUGUAAUCAAGCAAAGAAGAAUUAAUCUAGUCUCCCUCAAUAUUCUAAGUCUCCCCAAUCUAUGUUCUAAUUCCCCCUAGUAGCCGAUGCGGUCUGGCUAUCCUUUUAGCAGUGUUUACCCUAACAUAUAGAUUCUUCUAAGUAUUUUUGAAGUGAAAAUAGAUUCUUCUAAGUAUUGGAUAUGCCCCACUACAGUUCUCUCUUUUCUGAAGUACAGAACUUACAUUUUGCUCUUAUUGGUUCAUAACUACUUUCCAUUAUGCUGUCAAAGAUACGCCUCAAGCAUGGACUGGAUUCCUUUGUGUUAAUAAUUUGGGUGGAUGCUAUGCUUGAAAACAUAUUGUAUUUAUACAGUGCCCAAAAUAACUUCCCUGCUAAGUUUUAGGACAAAGAAGAACUUUUUAGGAAACACGUCAAAUGUAUAGGAUACAUCUCUCCUUUUGCUGCAUGGCAUCAUUUGAGUGGCCAUAGACUAUCAUUGUGAAUGCUCGUCCCUUUCAUCCAGCUUGUUGCUGAUCUCCCCUAAGACGG